CGGGGCCCAUAUUCUUAGGGCUCCGCGUUUUUCUCCUGCAUCUGGAAGUGAGGAUAGUGACACUCGCCGGAGGAGACGAUGAGUGACUCCGUGCCGCGAUUUCACCGCUGUCUUGCUCUGGGGACUCUCUUCAUCAUGACCUCUUUCGAGGAAGCCAAAACAGAGGAAACAGUGACGUGCCUCCACCUGACCUUCUACCACCCUGGGCAGGAGGAGAAGAUGAUGUUCCGCUGCCUGAAUUUCUGCAAUCGCGAGCAGGUCAGGGCGGACGACACGGCCAAGUUCGGCCGCGAUUCCAGCGUCUGCCGCUACAACCUGAUGGACACCCGCGUCUCCCGCAUCCAGUUCUCCCUGCAGUUCUACAGGAAGCUCCACACCUCGGAAUGUGGCUUUGAGAUAAAGAACUUGAGCAAGAAAACCAAGCUGACUGUCAACCAAACAGAACUGGGUCAUUUGAAUAAAAUCGACCUGCCCUGGAAGUGCGUCAUCUGUUUUGGGGACUACCAGAUCCUAGCAGAGAUUCAAGAAGGGGAGUCUGUGGAUUAUUUUGAGACUCACUUACACUUGGCUGAAGCACCCAUCUUACAAGAAAGGUGCCUGCCAUCCCUGCAGCCUAUACCUGAGAAUGGAAUUUCUCCUUCCUUAUUUCUUCCCCAAGGCAAAAGCCCCACAGAGAUUGAUGAAAAUGAGCUGUGCUAGCAGGGAGGAGGAGGCUGGAUCAGGUUUUGGAGCCUGUACAGCUUCCAACGUAGACAGCUCUUACCUCAGUCCAGUGUUCUUGGUGGUGCUCACUGACUGCUGCACAUCAGUCUUCUUUUCUUGGUGUUUUCAGCAGAGGCAUUCCAGAACACUGUUCCACAGAAAUGAAUUCCUGCCGCUGCCUUCACUGAGGCCUAAGGACUCUCUGAUGCCCAGAAAGGUGUGGGAGACAGAGUGUCACUCAAAUCCAUGGCAGCAAGGUCAACCCCAGAACCCUGGCUAGGUGCCUUGAAGGGAUGUUUAACAGGCAUUAAUACAGAGCAUGCACAGCAGCGUUGUGGUCCUGGCCAAGAGGUGACACUGUCUUGUUGCAUAUUGUACUUUGUGCUUUGCUUUGUAGACCAAAUUCCAAACAGUAUUUGCAAGCCUAGGUUGUAACUUCACAGAUUUUGCAACUUAGAAACACUUUGUCCUUUUAAGCUUAUGUUUUUAUUAGCUUCAAAGCAAGUUUUUUUAUUUCUACUUAUUUAAUUAACAUAUAUAUAUAUAUUUUUUGCAAGUUAACUACUUUUGCUUGUCAUGUAGACAAAGAUGUAGCAUCAAUGAUCAUGGUCUAUAAAAAUCCACAUUAAUUUUGUAAUAAAAGCAUUUUGUUCCC